AUGCCUAUUGAAAUUGAUGAAAAGGUAAGUUAUGAAUUUUUGAUUCAAGAAAAAAAUGACCUUUCUCUGGAGCACACACUGAAAAACCAGAGAGCACAAAAAGUUGCGCAAUUCAAUUCUCUUCCCGUUUCUAUGGUCACUUUUUUUGAGGGCCCCUAUUAGCAUAUUACGUUUUUUUUGUGUUGUGUUGUGUUGUGUUCGGAUUAUAUUUUUUUGUCAUUUUCCCAAAUUUGACAUCAUAAAAAUAGGAAAUAAAAUUGAAUUGAUUAUUAUUUUUCUCGAUUUUCCCAUCACAUUAUUUCUAAAAAACGCCUAUUUUCUUUCAGACGCCGAUGAUUUCUCGCGGCGCUGUUAGUUCGAGUUUUGAUGCGAAUGCAAUUCACACGGGUAAGCUCAAAUAUUUGAUUUUGAUCAAUCUGAUCAUUGAAACUAUCAGACAGUCAAUAAUCAAAAGUUCAAUGAAACAAAAAAAAAUUGAAGCACGCGGGGGGAAUUGAACCCCUCGCCUAUUGGAUAGCUGAGUGCGCACUAACCGACUACACCACACGGCACUAUUUUCUCCGCAUUUUUUUUUAUAUUUGAACAGCUGUUUUGAAAAUGUUUACAUUACAAUUCCAAAUUCCAAUUUCAAUACCAAAAAAAAUUCCAAAAAAUUUCUUGCAAAAAUUCCGUUUUGUUUACUUACUGUCAGGUAAGUAAGUACUAUUUAUAAUUGUCUUUUCUCGCACAUUUUUUGAUUUUUCUCAAUUUUUCCGAUAAAAAGUUUGCGUCGCUGAAUUUUUAUAAGUUCCCCCGAUACAUGUAAAAAAAAUUAUUCAAAAAAUGAAAAGACAUAAAAUUGUUUUGGGGGGCCUAUAAAACGUCGUGGGAGAGGGCGUAUAAAUGUUUUCGGACAAAAAAAACAGACAACAAUGAGAAUACGAAGUGAUAUUAGUUAUAGACAAUUAGGUGAGUGGAAUUUUUUGUGUAGUUCUCCGGUACAAUUAGGGCUUAGGCCUAAUUUGUCCUGUGAGCCUGAAGCUAGGCCUAGACAAACACUAAGUCCGAGCCUGGGCCUGAAAACUCAGCGGGCCCUGAGCCAAAUACCUAAGUCCAAGCUUGAAACUGCUUGAAAGAGCCUCUAAAAUUCAAAAAAGUCCAAACUUUAUUUUUUCCUCCCCCAAAAUUAUCUUUACUUCCGAUCUUUUUAUUCGAGAUGGAACCGAUCUGCCUGCCAUUCCCCCCAUUUUCCUAUUGUUCAUCAUUUUUUUUGUUCAUCUCGAGGUCACACAAUCAUUUUUAUUCUUCCUUUUUCAUUCUAGACGAGGUCGACGAGACAAAAAGUUGGUUUUCACGACGAUUCUGUGUGCUCAUCUGCAUCUCGAUAGUCACAAUUGUGAUGGCGGCCACCAGUUUGAUUCUCAUUUUUGUGCUCAUCUCGCAAAUGAAGGCGGCGAGCUUGAGCUCGAAUGGAGCUGUCAGGCAACAGUUUGAGCAGCUGGCAAAGGUGAGGAUGUUUUUUGAUGUUCCCGCAAUAUUCAUUAUUGAAAAAAACUUUACUUGUUUCAGACGCUCCGCGAGCCCUUGGACAAACUCUACCCAGCUCUACAAAAAAUGCAAACCCAGACCCAAACCCUAACCCAACUCCCUCGACCAGACGGUGUAAAUCCCAUAAAUCCAAUAAUCAUCGACAAAAAAACGAUGACCGAACCGGAGCCAAUUCGAAGAUCUGAACCAGCUCGACACGAGUGGAAGAAUUGCGAGGAACAUCAGAAAUGUGAGCUCGACGGGUUCGAGAAGCCGCCAUUGGUGAUUUUGAGUUUGGAUGGAUUUGCGAGAGAAUAUUUGGAUCGAAAUGUGGUGCAGACUUUUAAUCAUAUUGCGAAAUGUGGAGUCAAAGCAGAGGUGAGAAGAGAAAAUUGCUUAAAAUGUACCCCGAAUCUCAAUUUCAGCAUGUCUACCCUUCCUAUCCUUCCAAAACCUUUCCAAAUCACUACACAAUAGUCACCGGUCUCUAUCCCGAAUCUCACGGAAUAAUCGACAACUCAGUUUUCGACCCGGAAAUCUCGCCGAAUUUUGAGUCAAUGAAGAAAACCACUUUCGGUGAAUUUUAUGGUGGCGAACCGAUUUGGUCAUUCUACAAACGAAAAACUGGAAAACCUGCGAAUUGUUUGUUUUGGGUGGGAUGUUAUUAUAAUCAAACUGGAUAUAAACCGGAUAUUGCACCGGCUUAUAAUGGUGAUCUACCAUUCAGAAAUCGUAUUGAUAAAGUUGUCAGCUGGCUCAAAGAGCCUGAAAAUGUGCGAGCCGGUCUGAUUACAGCCUAUUUACACGAGCCGGAUAAUGCUGGACAUUAUCAAAUCAAUGAGGAUGAUAUUGAUCGAAAAUUAGCUGAACUUGAUGAUAUGUUGGAUUAUAUGAUGAGUGAAUUAGCUGCGAAUAAAUUAUUGGGGUGUAUUAAUCUUGUGAUUUUGUCGGAUCAUGGAAUGCAGGUUUUGGAGGAGACGAAGUAUUUUGAAGAUUAUUUGAGAAAUUCGAAAGAUGUUAUUGGAGCAAGUGGUGUUGUUGGGAGGAUUGUCUUGAAUUUAACUUCUAGCACAGGAAAUCAGGAGAGAGUUUCAGAGAUCUUGGAGGACUUCACGUGUAAAAUUGAGGAUGUUAAAGUGAAUUCGAGAAGUGAUAUGCCUUAUAGAAAACAUUAUUCGAAAUCUAGGAGAAUUGGAGAAGUUGUGAUGGAGGGAAAACCGGGCAUCACAUUUUAUAAGUUAGUUUUUUUGGGGAUGAAAUAUCGUUGAGAAAGCUCAACACAGUAAAAUAAAUUUUGAAACCUAUACUUCCCUGGAAUUUUCAAAAUUCAAGUUUUCAGCAAAAAAUCAGACGACUAUCAUUUAUCCGGUGAUCAUGGCUACGAUUAUUUCCACAACAAAAUGCACACAAUAUUUUUCGCGCAGGGUCCGAAUUUCAAGAAAAAUGUCACGAUUCGACCCUAUCAGAAUGUGGAAUAUAUGAAUUUAUGGAUGGAAUUGCUGGGAUUUGCUGAAGAGGAGUUUCUGGAGACCAAUGGGACCGUCGGAGUUUUCGAUGAUGUUUUGGUGAAGACAUCGGAGCGCAGGAAUUUCGGCGAGCUUUUUGGAGAAUGCGCAAUUUCUGGAGUUCCGAAUGUUAUAGAUUGUCAAGGAACUUCGAAAAAUCUUCAAGAACUUAGCUCGAAACUUCUAAGCUGUCAAUUUGCUCCACAUAAUCUUCCAAUAUUUUCGAAACCUGGGAAUGAACACAAUUAUUGUCAGCAAAACUUCUGUGAUAAUAAUUUGCUGAUUUCUGAGGAGAAUUUGAUCUUGACUGAGGUUCUGAGAGGACUUCCUGAUUCUGAAGCCAAGAAUCAGAUGGAAGCUUUUAUCGGAAGUGGCAAAUAUGCAAAUUCCUGCCCAAAAACUCUGGGAAAUGUUAGUUUGGCAGUGGAUCAGACAAGAGAAUUUUCAAAUAUUGCCAAGAUUUUUCUGGAUUUGCCACGGUAUUUUGAAGAGAGUGAGUUUUAUUGGGUUAUUUUGAAGACUCUAAAUUUAGAGCUGCUUUUUGGCCAUUAAUUUUUGAGCUAAUGUAAGAAAAUUUUAAUUUUUUAAUUAAACCAACCAUCAUAUUAUGAACAAUUUCUUCCACUUUCUCCAAAUUAUGUGAAAUUUUUGAAACGUAUAAUUUUCAGCAAAAAAUACGUUCUCAUUUUUUUCCAGAAAUCCUGUCACCUCUUCAAAACCUCACGCUCAAAUACCUGGCCAACUUUUCAAAAUUAUUUGUGAUCACCGGAAUUUCGAACAACUCCACAAACUUCUACCGAAUUAUUCUAGCAUGUGAAAACGGAAUUUUCCUCUCGGAGAAUCCACCGACUUGCGAUAACUUUGAGAAUACCAAAAUUAUCUCAUUCAUUUUUCCAAUUAUUUCCAAGCCAAACACUUGGGAUUGUAUGGUAGGUCAAAAAAAUUCACAACAUUUUUUCAAAUGCAAUUUUUUGCAGACCUCUGAAGAAAUCCUGACUGAUCAUAUCUCAACAAUUAUAGACAUCGAAAGAAUCGCCGGAUUCAAGUUUCAGAAUCCUGGAUAUUCACCAAAUCUCAAUAUCAAACUUCGAACAAAUAUUACAACUAGGUUAUGGUAA